AGUGAUACCAGAAGGGAAUCGGGAUUUUUUUUGUUUCAUGGAUGUACUUAUUUUUUAUGUUUUAUACCAACAGCGACAGCGCUAGUGCCAACAUUGAAAAGUAAAAGUAAUACGUAUAAUAUAACCUCUUCGGAAUGCCUUUGAAAAUUCGCGCUUAAAAUGUCAGAUACUUAUUUGACGAUAUAUGCGCGCGCAUUGUGAUUAAAUAGAACGCCUUCAAUCUAGUCUUCUAUUUUGUCAAGUGAGCAUUUUGAAAAAACGUAAUGGAGACUCUAGAGAAAAGUAACAUGUGUCGACUUUGUGGCAAGCAUUUAGGGGUAGCCAUUGAUAUUUUUGACAAAACUGAGGAUCACAUGCGUAAAAUCAACGCUAUAUUACCAAUACUAGUACAUGAAAUGGAUUUGUUACCAAAACAAAUGUGUUCUAGAUGUAGAUACAAAUUAGAAGAAUUUUAUAAUUUUUAUGUAGAUUGUGCAAAAACUGAUACUGAAUUUAAAAGUCAAUUAUCCUGGAUGAAUAAAGAAAACGUACAAGAAAAAAUUAUUACUCCUAUGGUAAAAAUAAAUAAAUUCAAAAUUAAAGCAGAGCCAUCAGAUAAUGAUGAUAUAAUUGAUUCAUGUAAUGUACUAGAACACAUAAGGAAAAAUUCAUUAAUGUUUCCUGCAAGUAUUUUAAAACAUAGUUUUGAUUCAAAAGCAGAUUGUAUGUUUCCUUGUGUGAAUUGUCAAUGUAUCUAUAGUAGCAGAAUUAAAAUUAAUAAUAAGUCUUCUAAACAAGUAAAAGUAGGAACAAAUGUAAAAUCUAAAAGCAACGUGUGUAGUUCUAAUAUAGUUUCUGAUAAUGUCAGUAAAUUUAAUAAAUUUGAAAGAGCGAAUAAGAAUUUCUCUUUUAAAAAUUUAAUUAAAAAUCAUGAUAAUAUUUGCAGCAAAUCUAAUAACAUUUAUAAUAGUAAUAUUUUAAAACCUGAAAAAUUAGAUAGAACAUUGAGGCCUAGAAAAGUUUUGAUAGAUUAUAUGGGCCCAAGAAAAAAAAAAAAAGUUUCUAAUAUAAAAGCAAAAUUCAAAAGUAAAUUGGAUAUAUUUGAUCCUUCAUUAAUAUCUCCUGUUAAUAUGAAUUUAUCACAUGAUUUGAUAAAUUCAAUGUAUCCUAGCCCAAUUCUUAAAUUGGAAAAGGUUGAUGAAACCUUUAGAACGUUAAGGACCCGGAAAAAUUUGGAAGAAUUUAAUAGAAGAAUAAAAGAUCUUAAAUGGAAUCAAAGUUGGCAAAAGACAGAAAAUCAAACUAAGAAAAUUUUGUUCAAAGGACGAAAUUUCAGCAAAAAAAAUUUACUACAGGGUGUAAAUAAAAGUGACAAAAAUUUACCAAUAACUAAACUGGACAAAAAACAAAUACAAAUAGAAGAAAUUGCAAACAAAAAGAACCUACAGGUUAAAAAAAGAGCUAAGAAACAAAAGUUUUUAAAAUAUAUGCCAAAUAAUUCGAACAAAAAUGUGAAAAUUAUGAAAUUAAAUAUAAAACAAGAGUUGGUUAAUAAAAUACCAGAAAAUAAAUCUAUAAAGCAGUUAAGACAAGAAAAAUCUAUUCAAAUAGAUCGAUAUAAAAGUCAAAAGAUAUCUAAAGUAACUAUAGAUAGGUAUCCAUUAUGUGCUGUUGUCAAAUUAGAGAAAGAUUAUACAUGCAAUGUAGAUUAUCCAAGAAUUCAAAUUAAAAGACAUUUGUCAUUGUCAAAUCCUUCAGAAUCUCAAAAUACUGUUUUAGAGGUUUUACCAGGACAAACUAGUAUUUUUGAAUUAGCUGUAGAUAGAAAGUCAAGAAAUAUUGAUAGUAAUAUUUCUUCUAAAAAUUUAAGAAAUAAAGGGAAUAGAUUAAAGUUAAUUAACAAAAAUAAACCUAAGAUAUCAAAAAAAAAGAAAAAUCUGAAUCUUGUUAAUGUUAAGACAAUACUUUUGGAAAAAGCUACAUCUAUUAUAUCACAACCAGAUUUUAAGCGUUAUUGUGAAGAAUGUGAUUUGUGUUUCAAAAACAAAGAAUUAUAUAAAUUACAUCCAUGUUAUCAAAAGUAAAGUAGUACCUUUUCACCA